AUGUUAACUCCAGAAGUUUUCGACCCUAGUGGACCAGGUGUAGGCAAGCAAAUGAUGCUUGACUGGCUACGCAUCAAUCAUCCCAAGACACCAGUCAGAGGAGACCUCAAGAAAUUUGAAGUAGCAAAAAUUGUUCGGGCAAUGCAGCCUCAGUUUUUCCCCACCCCUGAUAUUCCUCCAGUACCCCCUCCAGUCUCUGAGAACGGAUCCCCAAGCACGAUCUCAGUCGCAACAUCAGUUGAGAACGUUGAAACCCAUCGUCACCCAAGUGGAAUUGAGUCUCAAGAUGUUCACACUGUCAACUCCAAUUCAAUGGCUGUCACGGCAGGUGAUGUCCGUCCAGCGAAGCGAUUUGUUUCCUUUACUGAACCCCGGUUGAAAAAAAGGAAUGCCACAGAUACUCGAGCCUUUCAGGCCAUUGAUCCACCUGGAAGUCCAAAGCCGGCAAAAGUUGUAUUCAAAAAGAGUAAAGAAACUGAACGCAAAACACCGUCUGUAUCAAAAAAACGCAAGCCCAUUCUGGACAAGCGUGACGGUGAUGAACGACGGGAGCUCAAAGCCCUUGAAGAAUUACCACCACUCACAUCCAUGGUGACCUCUUCUUCCAAGUACAGUGAUUCGAUCUCCUGCCUGAACUUGAAUUCUGCAACAAAGAACUGGACCGACUCUGAUAGAGAUGUCAAACCAAGUUUACCUGGCUCAAUCCCUCUCAAGAUGAAGGAAACUCCGGACUUGAUUGACCUUGCUAACAUUGAUUAUUUUUCAAUCGAGAACUUGGUGAUUGGAAACGACAUACCUGCAAUCACCAAUACUGGAGUAACAAGGUCAGGCGCGGAUGUAUUUGUGUUGGAGAGACAACGGGAAGAAAAGUUCCUGGCUCUGGAAGAAUCUAUGUCUCAGUUGACAAAGAAGCUGGAUGAAAACCAACUCGCUCAAGACAAACACCAAAAAGAUCAAACUCUUGCUUUUCAUAUGAUUGAACAAUCCAUCACCCUUGUUGAAGAGAAAACUGAAGUCAUUGAGACACUCAACAAAAAGGUCAAUAGUUUAGAGGGUAGAGUGACCCAGCUAAUUGAGCGAGUAAAUACACUUUGCAAUGAGCUUCAAACUCAGGAGGAUGUAAUUGAACGCUUGAUGCGCUUAGAGGACGGUGAUGUCAGCGACGAACAGGAAGAUAUAGAAGACAAAGACGGGCUAGAGAACGCUGACUACAACAGUGAUGAUUGUUAA